AUGGCGGGCCUGACGCUGGAGGAGCUGCGCGCCGAGAUCGAGACGACCCGGCAGCGCCGGGGGGCGGAGCAGGACCGGUCGAAGCAGCUGAACGACGAGCUCCAGGAGGCCAUAGAGAGGCAAAGGCUGCGGCGGGAGCUGGAUCAGGAGAGGGCCGGCUUGUUGUCAAGUCAGGAAGACAACCGACGCCUGCUGGCCGUGCGGAGCAAUGUGGAUCAAGACCAGGACGGGCCGUAUCUUCCCGGUUCCUCCAGGGUACGUCCUCGGAGUUCGAAGCCACAACUGCUCAUCCCCGCUUCAAACAACGAGCUGUGCACCAGUUUCGGGCAUGCGGUCACCCGGGGCGAGUACGUGUGGAAAUUGCAGCAGCUCUCGUGGCUCCCAAGUGUACUUCGCCAGGAGGACCUCUGGGCAGCGAAGUCAAAGGUGCUCUGGGUGGGUGGCUUUCCUUUUCAAUUUGUCUGCAACCCUCAUGGGGGCUAUCUCGUUUCCAGUUUCGGCUGGGACGAUCGAGAGGCGCAGGGCUCCGUUGCCAUCAUGACAUGUGCCCCAGAAGAGUUCGUGCUUCGGUACCGCAUCUACGUCAAGGCACGUGAUGGAUCCUUUGCACAGUGGGGCGAGACAGACGAUGAAAUCCAUGACGGUGAGAUCACGGCCUAUGGUCCCGAUGUGAACUGGCAGGGCCAAGCGUAUCCUCCAACCGUGACCGGCAUCUUCGGUCUAACGUUCGAGCAGCUGCUGCAGUCCGACUGGGUGGAGGACGACACGCUGACCCUGAAGUUUGUGCUUGAAGUGCGACCUGAGGGGUGUUAUGAGUCGAAGCUCUUCAGCCAGGCAGUCGAGGUCCCAGAAGCUACCAUGAACCGUGACACGCAAGCUCUGCUGGAGAAAGGCUCGUGCAGCGACGUACGGUUCAUUGUGCAGGGCGAAGAUGUGCAUGCGCACUCGCAAGUCCUCUGUGCGAGAUCCGAAGUGUUGGAGAAGCAACUGACUGGCGGCAUGCAGGAAUCGGCGUCCAAAGUGAUCGUGGUUGAGGACUGUGAUGUGGCCACCUUCAAAGCCUUCCUGCAGUUCCUCUACACCGACCGCCUGCCCACCAUCGAUGAGCUUGGGGCACGGGCUCCAAGCGCAGACCAGGGGGGCGAUGGCAAUGUGCAGCUGCUGCAGAUGCAGGCCUUGCUCGCUGUAAGCCACAAGUACCAGGCCACCAGGUUGCAGCGGUGGUGCGAAGCGCAGCUGUGCGAACGGCUCAGCUCAGCCGAGGUCUGCGGGAUUCUCGGCCAGUCGCACCUCUUCCAGGCCAAUCAGCUCGAAAAGGCCUGUCUCGCCUACAUCAAGCGCCACCUGACCGAGGUGCUCAAGCUCCCCGCAUAUACCGAGAUGGUCACGAAGUGGCCCGAGAUCGGGGUGAAGCUGAGCCUCUUCUCGGCGGGCGUGCCGGAGGCGGAGGCGGCUGCAGUCAUGGACGCGAGGAGCUCAGUGGAGACAUGCCAGAAGCGGCGGCGGCUGCAGUCAUGA